AUGUUCUCAAACAUAGUCACUGCCGCCAAGGGACUCUUCACACGUGAAGAGUCUCAAGAAAAUCUGGAAAAUUCUGCUGGCUCAAACAUGGCGACUGCCAGACACGAAGCUGCGGAGCAGGCCCCCGAUGUGCCGAAGACGAAUGAUACUGCCAAUCAAGGGAAGCGUAAGGCGCAGCCAGCCAAAGCUGAAAAGAUUAGUACCCAAAAGAGCAAGCGACAAAAAAAAAAUAGCAUAGAAGCUGCAGAUGACGAGGACAAACCAGCAUCCAAUAGCAAGCUUAUUCGUUUUGGAAGUGAAGAGCCUGCAGUACCAACUACUCAGCCUGAAGUUACACCUGCUGUGAUAGUCGAUUCCGAUGACUCAGAAGAUGACAGCGAUGAUGAUGCGCCUGAGAUGAUUAACAACGCUUCUGAGCUCCUCAAGAUGAAGGAGCAGGCCAAAAAACAAGAAAAUAUUAAGAAAUUAGAGGAACAAUUGAUGAAGGAAAAACGAAGAAAGCUGGAUGAGCGCCGCAAACUUCAAGCGAAGUCAACGAAGAAGGAUGUUCCUGUUAUCAGCGAUGACCUCCUCUCUGUCAGCACCGCCACUCUGCAAGGAUCAUCCACACAAGAGACACGAAGACGGGCUCUCCCUGCACUGCUUCCCGAUGACAUUUUGAACGCCGAACCGGCUGCCCGCCCCCUCACACCCCCAGUAGACGAUCCUUUUGCUACCUCGAAAAAGUCGACCAAGCUGCUUUUCCUUGAAAAGUCGGAUAAAGCACCCAAGGAUGUGCAAGUUGGUGAUGUUACUAUUCGUGUACUUGAUGCAUCAUCCAAAAAGCAAAAUUCGAAGCCGGUCUUGGCCCCCAAGGCUUCCAAGUCAGGAAAGAAUGUGAAGGAUACAUGGCUUAAGGGACAGCGAAGUACGGGACAUGUGAACGGACUACGAAGAACAGCAGGUGGUACUUCUGGAUUUGUACGCCGGUGA